AUGACCAUCCCCUCUACCCCCGGCUCGAUCACGGUCCGUUUGAGCAAUGUGUCCAGUCUCUCCUCCCCGAGCAAGAAGCGUCUGAUCCAGUCAGUUGCCCACGAUAUCGGCGCGGCGUUCAUCACCAUCGCACAGCUAGCCCAGGCAGGCCACCUCACCCCUACGCAGACGGCGCCGAUCAACGACGUGAUCAAAAUCAUCCGCGACACCGACCUGGCGCAGCGGCGCAGUCUGGAGCGCCGCGUCGCGCGGUACGAGCGGCGAGAACACCGGUGGCGGGUGCAGCGCCGCUGGAUGCAGCGCGAGUUCGGCCGGCUGGUCAAACGGGCAGAGGAGGUGUCAGAGCGAUGGAGAGAGAGAGUGCAGCGGGCGGAAGAGGCCAUGAAACUGUUUAGUCCAUCUCCAUCACGUCCAGAGGACUUUUCACUGGUUCCAGCGGUUCAAGGAUGA